GGAUCAUCAGGUUUUCUACCAGGGAUUCUUGCAAGUGGCAGAAAUCGAAACGAAGAGCAAGGCCCCCAGGGUGCUGCUGCGUCCGGUGUUUUUUCGGGCAAACAUAGUUGCAAAAAGAUUCAUCCUGCAUCCAUUCACUGUCCAUUUUCUAAAUACUUAUUACAGCUUGAGGUUCAAGGCAUUGAGAACAAGUUGAAAGAGCAGAACAUGAGAAGGACUGAAAUGAAAAUGCUGAAUAAGUCCAUAAAAGGUCUUACUGAACUUAAUCCGAGCAGUGGGAAGGAAGAAAGAGAUAAGGAUAAAAAACAGAAGGAGGAGAAUGCAGGGAAGAAAAGAACUGUGCAAGAUAUCAGCAUUCAAGAAAAUAUAGAUCAUAGUUUUCCUUGCCAGAGAAAAAAAAAUGAGAAUCAGAUAGUUAUGGAUGACAAAAACAUCCAGAAACAUCUUUCUAAAGUCAAGUUUAAUGAAACUGAGACACUGAAUGAAAAAAUUAGACCUUCAGGAAAGGGUGAAAGAUCUUUUAUUCAGAAAUUAGAUUCUAACAAACAUAUGAAUCAUGACACUAAAAAAAGAGGAGGUGGAAUGAGCAGCUUAAAAACUGCAUGUUUAAAAAAUGGAAGCAGGAAGAUAUAUAAGCAUGGAUAUAUGUGUUCUAAAAAGGAUAAAAGUUUAAGUAUUGAAGCCUGUAGGAAGGACAAAGGAAAGGAAGAUUUUCACAUAAAAUUAAAGCACAAUGCUAGUUCAAGAAGUGCAAAUGGGGGGAGAGGAAGUAAGUUGGAUAGCACUGAGAAGAAAAUUAUGAGUAAGGUAAAAAGAAAGGAACAAAGUCCUCUACCAAGAUGGCUAAAUGGUGCACCACGUUUACGACGCAUAUUGACACUUAGUCCAGCUAGUCACAAAGGACGAAUAUGGGUACCUUUAAAAUUAUCACAUCAAGACAUAUACACCAACAGUUCUGGCAGAGCAGUCAAUCAAGAUGGCCAUGAUGAUAAAGAACCAGGUAAAGCCUCACAUUUCAAGACAAUAGAUAAUGAAAACAUUCAAUCUCAUGAAAAUAAUUGUAAUUAUAAAUCAGUUUUGUCUCAAGAGGUACAAGAAAAGCACAGGACAUCAGACAAAAACAAUCACGAGGACAACCGUUUGAAAAUGCUCAUAGGGAAGUGUACAAAGUUAUUGCCAGAGGAGUUGUCACAUAGUGCAGAGUCAUCUAUAGAAGUUAGUAAACAAAUACAGAAGUGUAAUCCUACACUUGAUAAGCAAGAAAAACACCAAGAAUCCCUCAAGUUACACCCAAGACUAAUCACAUAUGUAACUGAUGAAAAUGACAAACGAUUUUCAGAGAAGGAAAGGACCCCAGAUAAUGAAGAUUUUUAUGCUUGCACCAGAAAAAAUCAGAUGAGGGAACUGCACUAUAUUUACAAGGAUACUACUAUUUUAUCUGCUGAAGAACCUCAAAAAACAUCAACGCCUACCAAAGGUAGGCUUAGACUCAGUGAUUUCACUCGUAAAGUAUAUGAGGUUGAAAGUGGUUUGAGCUUUGCCCGAAAUAGGAAAGACAAGACGCCAUACCUAGAUAAAUCUAUUCCCACACCCUGGAGAUCCCAGACCAGUACACAAACCCCAGGAGGAAGCAGUGGAAAAUCAUCCUCCAGAACUCCAACAGAUCCUGUAUUUGACAGAUCCUUGGAAGACCCCUUUGAGACACACGGAGACUCUGAAGCAUGUGAAGUAACAGAAGGGAACCUGAGCAUUGUGAAGAGCCAGCAAAAAGCAACUUGUGAGGCAGCCCAUGACAUCCCACCAAACAGUGAAAAUGUUUAUGUAACCGGUACAAAUUUGGAAUCAGGAGUACACAUGAUAAUACUCAACAGUCUGUCAGACCGAAGGCAAUGUGAUAUCAUUUCAACUGAUGCCAGACAGCAAAAUAUGCCAGGAAAUGAUGAUGAAAGAAAAGGAGAAACAGAGAUAUGCUGUGCUCAUACAAUAUCACUUAUGGAAGUUCCACAAAGCACUAGGAUUUAUAGAAAGUUAAAUCAGUUAGAUAAGAAAGAUGGCAAUAUACUGUAUAAAAAUGGAGAACAAAGAAACAGUUCAGAUGAUCAAUCAAAUCUAUUAACUGCUUCAUCACGUUCAUCAGAAUAUUUGUAUGAAGUUAAGAGAAAAGAAGCUUCUCAAGAAAAGGCUAGUGAAAUGUUUUUUCAUUAUCCAGAAAAGUUGGCAAAGAGCCCAAACAAGCUAAAAGAUUAUCCUAGUCCUGACUUUGCAUUGGACAGUACACAAGGUAUGGUUGAGCACUUAUUUUUCAAUAUUAAGACUAACCAUGGACUGUUCUCUGAUAGUGACAUAUCUGCAUCACAGGAAGAGAUAAAAAAGUUGAGAGCCAUAUGAUGUCAGAUGAGAAUACAAGGGAAGGCCACAUGAAUAUAAACCAUUGGGAGGAUAUUCAAGCAGGUCCCACCUAUAUGGAAAAGGUCCAUUAUAAUGUGCAGCAAAAAUAUAUGAACAACUCAGCUGUUAAAAUGAAUGAGGAGAACUACAUGUCCAAUGAUGUAAAAAGUGUUGGUGUAGUAAAACAAUAUUCUAUGAAGGAUCCUGUAUUCUCUGGCCCAUCUGAGAUAAACCAAAUCAAACUUUCCUCAGUUAAUCAGUCAUCUAUGAGCCCUGUUGGAGAAGUUUACAAAUCUCCCAUUCCAAACCACCACCUGAAUGUAACUUUCAUCCCCACAAAUGAGGAAGAUGCUUCAAAGGCACAGCACAUAUUGAUGAAUAGUGACCCUAAGAUCCAAUUGUCUUUAGGCAAAGGUAAGAGAAAGCACCUUGAUGACAUAGAGGAUAGUGACAGAAGAAAGACAGAAGCUGUGAAACAAACCGUUAAAAAGGUUAGACCAUUAAAUACAUAUAUGAUUCAUGGUGAAAAAAAGGCUCAGAAAUUAGCUCUGUGGAUGGUAAAUGUCAGUCCCGCGAUGUUACCAUCAGUCAAGCAGAUCAUAGUAGUUAUUUCAUCAGUUUGUUUGAUCUUGUUCAAAACUGCCAGUUUGCUGAAGAUAAUAGAUAAUUCAAUAAACAAAAACUUGACCAGUGUUGUGGCAGUAAUUGAAUCCAGUAAUUAAAUACACGAUAAAAAGUGACAAUAAGAAAAUAAUUAAGAAGUAGGAUUGUAGUCAGUAUUUAGAUACAGAAAUUUGAAAUUAAAUACAUGAGAAAAUUUAACAGUUUGAGGAUUUACAGCUUUUGAGGUGCUGUGCUAAUAGCAAGAAGAAAGAGGAAAUUCCAUAUAUGAACACUGAGAUUCAUAUACAAAGUUUUGCAAAGACACAAGUAAAAUCUAUAGAUACACCUUAUGUUGAUAUGUUACAUGCCUUCUAAUUUCUGAUAAGGAUUUUCGUGUUUUGUCAUUACACUAUGACUCAAUUUUAUACACACCUUGUUGGUAACAUGAUUUUUUUCCCUAAAAGAUAAAAACAAAGACAGUAAAAUUAAGAAUUAAAAUAAUAAAUAGUGUUGUCACUUACCUUUCAUCUUUGAAAACUGGUAAACAAAGGUCUUAGAGGAUAACAUACAUAUCAAAAGCAUCUUUACUAUUUGGUAAGCAGAAAGAGAUGAUAGAUUCCCCACAGAAAAAUGCAUAAGCUUCAUUUAUGACUU